AUGAUCAAGGCGACAAACUGCGAGAACUUCCGGCUGUGCUCAAUACUCUGUUCAGCCAGUUUUCUGUUAGGCACUCUGUUUACGCACUGGAUCGCAGAUCAUGGUACUCUAUGGCAAACCCCAACAGCUGAUUCUCUCUCCACUGCUCUCUCGUACUAUCGUAACUUAGUCUCCACGCCAGACUCAAUGAAGGCGGUUGUUGCGCUCGUCGCGAGUAUCGGCAUAAGCUGUCUUUUGAUUGGCCUCUUUAAUGGUUUCGGUGGUGAUUCCGCCUGGGUUUUUGAAGCUGCGUCUCUCUUCCUCUUUUCUACAGCCGUGGCCGUAUAUUAUUUACACGCUCUGCCGCCUUUAUCCAACAUACCACAUUCGAUGGACACAACGAUGCACCCGCCAUAUCACCAUCACUGGUCCACGCCCCCCAAUCACCCACCCUCACUCAGUCCAUUCGAUACCCCAGACGUUCUUCUGCCAUCAACCCCUCCUCAGCUCAUCGCUGCUAUCAGGGACAUUGCAGCUGCUAACCUUCUUUGCGCAGUUAGUCUCACUGGCGUGCUCCUCUUUCUUGCUGGUGAUGCAUACGUUGACUACGAACGCCAAUUACACCGUAGUAUGGAUGAAAAGACAGAUUAA